UUGGCUUCAACUACAAUGUCAGGCCGCCAACGAAAGUGGUUCACGCUUGAGGAAGCACUGAAGCAACUCUCCUUACACAAACCUAUGCAGAUGACCUACUUCGAGUCCCUGCGCACCAGCGUGUCUCGUAACUCGUCUCCGCUGCCCCCCUUCUCCACACCAUGUCUAGACGUAGCUACCCGCCUGUGUACGCUUUCCAACAAUUACUAAUCCGUUAUCGUUUUUUUUUUUCAAGUGGAGAUUAUUCAUAUCUUUUUCAAAAGAAUAAUGUGAUUUUGUCUGCAUGGAGUUAAAGGAAGCCAUAUUUUUAAUCAAGUAAUUCUAAUGAAUAUUUAUGGGGGAAAUUUACUUUUUUUUUACUCAGUUUUAGUUUUUACCUAGAAUGGUGUAAGUAAACACAUGUAAAAAUCUGUUCUCUAUCAUUCUACGUGCUCUUGAAUUCUUAUUUAUUUUACAAUUAAUAUUGGUGUAAUCUCUUAUUUUCUGUAUUCAUCAGUUACUUCUUAAUUCUUCCACUUGUGGCCAUUUUGUACAUGUAAGAGCUAAUUUAGAACUGAAUAAUUGUAUAAAAAGCAGAAUCUAUUGUAACGGACUGUAGGGGCAUUACAUCUAUUCUCCGAGUAUGAAUGAACUGUACUAUUUUAUUGAAUAAAGUGAGUGUUUGUAUUUUGUUA